CCUGCGCCGUGGGGAGCCGCCGGCGGCUGGGCGCUGGGCCGGCCGCAGUCUGGGUCUGACGGCGGCCGGAGCGGCUGUCUCGUCUAAGAUGAGGCUUCUGCUGCUUCUCCUGGUGGCGGCGUCGGCGGUGGCCCGGGGCGAGGCCUCGGCCAACCUGGGCGGCGUGCCCAGCAAGAGGUUAAAGAUGCAGUACGCCACGGGGCCGCUGCUCAAGUUCCAGAUCUGUGUUUCCUGAGGUUACAGGCGGGUGUUUGAGGAGUACAUGCGGGUUAUUAGUCAGCGGUACCCAGACAUCCGAAUCGAAGGAGAGAAUUACCUCCCUCAACCAAUUUAUAGACACAUAGCAUCUUUCCUGUCAAUCUUCAAACUAGUAUUAAUAGGCUUAAUAAUUGUUGGCAAGGAUCCUUUUGCUUUCUUUGGCAUGCAAGCUCCUAGCAUCUGGCAGUGGGGCCAAGAGAAUAAGGUCUAUGCAUGCAUGAUGGUUUUCUUCUUGAGCAACAUGAUUGAGAACCAGUGUAUGUCAACGGGGGCAUUUGAGAUAACUUUAAAUGACGUACCUGUAUGGUCUAAGCUGGAAUCUGGUCAUCUUCCAUCCAUGCAACAACUUGUUCAAAUUCUUGACAAUGAAAUGAAGCUCAAUGUGCAUAUGGAUUCAAUUCCACAUCAUCGAUCAUAGCCCCACCUAUCAGCACUGAAAACUCUUUUACAUUAAGGGAUCUUUGCAAGAGCAGCGUGACUGACACUAUGAAGGCCUGUACUGAAGACAGCAAGCUGUUAGUACAGACCAGAUGCUUUUUUGGCAGGCUCGUUGUACCUCUUGGAAAACCUCAGUGCAAGAUAGUUCUUCAGUGCUGGCACAUUCUGGCAUUCUGCACAUUCGUGGAGUGCAAUAAUGCUGUAUAGCUUUCCCCAGCCCAGAUUCACCAGUUAAUAGUUUCUUUUUUUUUAAAUGUAGACAUUACUACUUGUAACUUUUUUCUUAGUCAUAUUUAAGAAGUAGGAAAUUGAGUUACAAUUUGAUUUUUUUUUUUCUCCAGGGUGUCUGUUAAAUCUUGUGUUUUUAUAUGAGUCCUUUUUUUUUUUUUUUUUUAAUUAAAGUCAAUCUUUUAGGGAAUACAGCUGAAGUUCCCAAAUAUUUAUGAGUUUAUCAGUCAUCUCUAAUUUGGUCAUGUCCAAUUUAUAUAAUUUUCAAAAUACUACAGAUUGUGAACAAGAUUAUGGGGGGCAUCUAAUAUCCAGAGUACUCUACCAAUUUGUGUGUGUGUGUGCGCGUGUGUGAUUACCAGAGAACUCCUACAAAACCAACUGCUUUUUAAAUUCUGUUGUGUAGUUCAAGUGUCUUGCCUUGACCAGUCUAAUGAGUUGAUUAACUGGGCCUUUAUACUUAACUUAAUAAAAAACUAAGCAGAUGUCAGUUAAA